AUGUAUCGGGCCUUAUCUCUGACCUUAGCCAUCACUCUGGCCAAUGCCUCUAUACUUCCACGUCAAACCACGACACUCCAACCCACGCCGUCCGGAAGCUCAGCUCCGGAAAACCCAAUAGCCCGCCCCUGUAUCGCAGAGGGCGCUAUCUGCCUGGACAAGCAUGCCGCUAAUCUCCCAUACCCCUUCUACCGCGAGUGCCCCAACGGCCGAGAGAUCUCUAUGUACGGAGACACAGAAGUGCCCGGAGAUGCCUCAUGGAAACAGGUAUCAACAGCCGACUUCAUUGUCUUCGAUGAAGCCCGUGCAGCUGAAGUCCUGGGAAAAUCUCCCAGCGUGGAGUUCGUCUUCUCCGUGAGCCCGAACCACAUGCACGAGUCUCCUGUCUUCGUUCCCGGCUUGAACCGAAUCUACUUCUCCCAACUCUCCACAAACCUCCCACAACAUGUCAUCGAUCUCAACCAAGAUCCUCCGACUCUGUCGGAGUUUGUCGCAGACCCGCCCAUCUACAUCCCUAACGGUGGAUUCUACCAUAAGAACAAAGUCUACUUCUCCGUGGCCGGGAGCAACGCCUCCGUUCCCGGUCAGGAGCAAAGACCCGGAAUUGUCACCUUGGACCCGGCCACCAACAAGUCCACAACGCUCCUAGACAACUACUACGGUCUGACCUUCACGGAUUGCGAUGAUAUCAUCGUUGACCCGGAGACUGGGUUCGUCUGGUUCACCGUCCCCUACUACUCCUGGUGGCUCGGCCUCGCCGACAUCCCUCCUCAACUCAAGUCAGGCACAUACCGAUUCGAUCCUGCCACAGGAUCCACAGUCAUUGUCAACGAUGAGAUGCACUCGCCCAAUGGAAUUGCACUCAGCCCCGACCGUAAGCACAUUUACAUCACCGAUACGGCUGCCGCGGGUCUCUCAGCACCAAUCGCCCCUGAAGUCCCCAGUGUCGGCGGAGCAGGAAUCCUGUACAACAUUACCGGCACACGCGCGAUCUACAAGUUUGAUCUCGUCGAUGAUGGCCGUGCUAUCAUUAACAAGAGGCCUAUCCAUUAUGAUGUCAUUGGCUCUGUCCCAGACGGACUCAAGGUCGCGCGCAAUGGAUACGUCGUCACGGCGUCGGGUAACGGAUUGAGCGUGAUGGAUCAGUACGGCGAUAUGAUCAUGCGUGUCCAGACCAACUUCAGCGUUAACAACUUCAUCUGGUCGGAUGCUAAUGAUUAUCGCGAGGUGUGGUUGGUCGGUAUGGGAGGUGUUGCUCGGCUCAAGUGGGAUCUCCAGGGACAGGAAGCUGUUUAA